CUUCACAGCCAUGACAGUCUACCCUUUGUUAAAAAUGCAAAGUCACAUACUUUGUGUUAUUGAGUAACCUUUUGGAAUCUUGGGCAUUCAGGCAGUUCUUCCGGCGCCUGGUAGCGUGCCAUGGCUUGUCUGCCCUACUCCUAUCUUGCCUGCUCGCCAUGCCGAUGGCAACUUUCCCUUAACGCGUAGGAAACAGCAAGAGCCACGUAGAAAGAGCUAACGAGAGCCCAUUUCGACUACUUUUCGCCAUUAGAACGAAGACGGUUCAGGUGUGUGUGAGAUCAGAUCUAGGACUUGUGAAAUGGGAAGUGCAGAUGCAUACCCCAUGGAUGGAGUUGAUAGCCACUUGAAGGAAGUUCGUAGGAUGGUCAAGGGUUUAGACAACGCCAGCAUGAUAGCGCUCGAGGGCACUGCCCUGACAAUCGAGCAAGUCACAGCAGUUGCUAGGCGCGCUGACCACGUCCAUGUUGAGCUUGCUGUCCAGAGUGCCAAAUCUCGAGUGGACAAAUGCGCAGAGUGGGUCAUGGAGAGUGUCGCGAAAGGAGUCGAUACCUAUGCAAUCUCCACUGGCUUCGGAGCUCACUGCAAUCGAAGGACGGCAAAUUUCUCGGGCCUACAGCAGGAGCUAAUCCGCUACUUGAAUGCUGGCAUCAUGGGCACCAAUCCAAGCAAUGUCUUGCCUGUUCAUGUCACGCGCGCCACCAUGCUGGUGAGGGCCAACUGUUUGGUGCAAGGCUACUCGGGAACACGUUGGGAGAUCCUGGAUGCCAUUGUCAAGCUCAUCAAUGCUCAAGUUACGCCCAAAGUUCCUCUCCGAGGAUCAAUCACUGCUUCGGGGGAUCUCAUGCCGCUGGCCUACAUUGCAGCCGUUCUAACCGGAAGACCAGAUUCAGUAGCUUUCACCAGAGAUGGAAGCGUCACCUCUGCUCAAGAAGCCCUCAAGCUUGCGGGAGUUGAAGCUCCAUUCGAACUGCGGCCCAAGGAAGGAAUAGCGCUUGUGAAUGGGACUUCGGCGGGUGCAGCUCUGGGAUCUCUCGUUUGCUUCGAUGCCAACGUUCUCGUCGUCUUUGCUGAAGUCCUGACUGCCAUGUUUUGCGAAGUCAUCCACGCACGCAGCGAGUUUGUAGAUCCGCUCAUCCACAAGCUGAAGCGCCACCCUGGGCAGAUCGAAGCUGCGGCAGUCAUGAACCACGUCCUUCAAGACAGCGCUUUCAUGGCGUCCGCAGCUAGACUGAACCAGGUUGACAACCUCAAAAAGUUCAGGCAAGACCACUACGCAAUACGAAGCUCUCCGCAAUGGCUAGGCCCCCAGAUCGAAGUCAUCCGCCAUGCAACUCGCUCCAUCGAGCGAGAGAUCAACUCGGUCAACGACAAUCCCGUGAUCGACGUUGCGCGUGACAAGGCGCUGCACGGUGCAAACUUCCAAGGCACUCCCAUCGGUGUCGCGAUGGACAACGUGAGAAUCGCCCUGGCCGCAAUCGGGAAGCUCGUCUUUGCUCAAUUCUCGGAGCUGGUCAAUGCCAGCUUCAACAACGGGCUGCCUUCCAACCUGUCAGCUGGUGCGGACUCGUCCCUUGAUUAUGGAUUCCAUUGCGCAGAGAUUGCCAUGGCUGCCUACAUGUCCGAGCUUGCAUACUUGGCGAAUCCCGUCACCACCCACGUUCAGACGGCCGAGCACCACAAUCAGGCAGUCAACUCUCUCGGACUCGUCUCCGCGAGGAAAUCCGAAGAGGCCGCUGAGAUUCUCAAGAUGAUGCUGUCCACGUACUUGUUGGGCAUCUGCCAGGCGAUCGAUCUGAGGCAUCUGGAGGUGGCAUUGCAAGGAGCUGUGAUGAAAGUUCUCUCCUCGAUCGGGGAUGAGUUCUUCCCGGCUGCCUGUGUUGAGAGCAUGCUGCUCGAAGUGGAGAAGCAGUAUACGUUCAGCUUCAUUGACGAUGCAAUGGACGGCUCCUCCACACUACUAAACAAGCUGAGGCAAGUCUUUCUCGCCAAUCCCACCACGCAGGGCUGCUCGGUCAGGAAAUUUGGCGAGUUUAAAGAUCGAUUGAAACCAAAACUGGAGGAGGCGAUUGCCACAACCAGGAAAGAGUCCCUGGACAAACCUGCGACUCAUAUCAUAGAGAAGUGCGUCUCAUACCCGCUGUACCAGUUUGUUCGUCAUGAACUGGGCACGGAGAUGCUCACAGGGGGUGGCCUGGAAGGAAGAGCUCCCAAGCAGGACCUGGACAAAAUAUACGAUGCAUUCUGCAAUGGGAGCCUGAUGGAGCCGCUCUUCAAGUGUCUUGAAGGGUUUGAGCAGCAUGGCUGAGGGAGUUAAUCAAAUAAAGGACUGCAUAGCAAAAUCUUUAUGUGCAGGAGGCAAAAGAAAGAG